AUGGCGGCCGCGGCGGCUCACGCUCGACAAUUCAAUUGGUAUAAUUUUUGGAUCUGCUGGCUGGUCUCGCUUGGCCAGAUAGCGUUUGGCUAUCCUGCCUCCAUCAUUAGCACGACCCUAGGCGAACCAAGCUUUCUGGUGUGUAUGAAAUUGCUGGACCCGACAACGGGGUUGCCGUCGAGCAAUGCAGACCAACUCGAAGGUGCCAUGCCUGGCGUUUUCCAGGCAGGAGCCUUUUUCGGCAUCAUGAUGGUGAGCUAUAUAAUGGACAAAUGGGGCAGAAAAGCGGGGGUCAUCUUCUGCUCGUUCUGGUCCCUCCUCGGCGGCGCUUUGAUCUGCGGUUCGAAAAGCUCGGCCAUGUUCAUUGUCGCAAGGUUCUUCGCCGGAAUGGGAAGCUGGGGCUAUCUUGCAGUCAGGUACGCUGAGCUGGCUCCACCCGCACUCCGCGGUUUCUUCGUAGGACUCAACGGAGUAAAUAUCGCAGUCGGUUACUCGUUGGCAGCCUACACUGGUAUGGGCUUCUUCUAUGUGAAAGAGGCCCAAGCCCAGUGGCGUGGUCCACUGGGUAUCGCUCUUUUCUUCCCUAUUGUGAUGGUCGCCAUGCUCCCGUUCAUCCCCGAAAGUCCCAGAUACCUGCUCAUGAAGGGCCGCGUAGAGGAGGCGGAGAAGAUUGUGCUGAGACUCCACGUCAUCCCUGGGGAUGAGGACCAGGAAUUUGCGCGGGGCGAGUUCUACCAAAUGCAGAAGCAAGCCGAGUUCGAUCGCACCUUGUCUUGGGACGUUUUCUUCAAGAAAUCCUAUCGCAGGCGAACCAUGCUAGCUGUUGGUUUCGCCUUCGUAGGCCAGUCGACGGGCGUGCUCGUUAUCAAUAAUUACGGUCCAACGCUGUAUAAGAGUCGCGGCUACGGCACAGAGGACCAACUCCGGCUCCAGUGCGGUUGGAUCACCACAGCUAUUAUCGGAAAUGCAAUUGGAGCAACCUUCAUGGACCGCGUUGGGCGCAAGCCUCUGAUGCUCUUUGGGGUUGGCGGAUGCUGCUUCUGGCUCAUUAUCGAAGCAGCCAUUGUCGCCAACUUUGCCGGGACCGCCAACACCUCCGCUUUGGCCAUGGGGGUCGCAGCGUUGUUCCUGUUCGAGGUCAUCUACAGUUGUGGAGUCGACGUGGCCGGGAUAGUGUUUUAUAGCGAGUUGUUUCCAAACCACCUGCGCGCGAAAGAUAAGGGAACGCUUUUGACGGGGUGUAACGAUGUCGUCACAGCAACCGCAUUUGCCAACAUUGGUUGGAAGUUCUACCUGGUCUUUAUCAUCGUGUGCGGCCUCGGCACCAUCGCCAUGUAUUUCCUGCUGCCCGAAACCAAGGGCGUCCCCCUCGAGGAAGUAGCCAAGCUCUUUGGCGACACCGACACGAUCAUGGUCUACGCGGAAGACAUCCACAUCGACCACAACACCCACGAGCUUGUCGUCAGCGGUAGAGCGGGCGUCUCAACGCACCCUGCCACCGUGGUCGACACGUCCAAGGGCGCUACCAUCACCACCGAGAAGGGAGAAGAGGCGCGCCACACCGAGCAAGUCUAA